AUGAAUGUUGGAGGUAAAUUCAAUGAAGGUAUAUUAUUUUUAAAUUUUAAUCAAGAUUUUAGUUGUAUUGCAGUUGGUACACCAGAAGGUUAUAAAAUUUUCAAUUCUGAUCCAUAUACAUUAUAUUAUAGUCAAUCAAAUGGUGGAGCAGGAUUGGUUGAAAUGUUAUUUUCAACUAGUUUAGUAUCAAUUGUUGGAUCAGGUGAUGGAAAUACAUCACAAAGAAGGUUAUUAAUUAAUAAUAUAAAAAAUAAUAUUCCAAUUUGCGAUUUAAAUUUUGUAACAGCGAUUUUAUCAGUAAAAAUGAAUAGAAAAAGAAUUGUAGUUAUUAUGGAAACAAAAAUACAUAUUUAUGAUAUAAAUAAUAUGAAAUUAUUAGAGACAAGAGAGAUAGCAUCAAAUCCAAAAGGAUUAUGUGCAUUAUCACCCUCAAAUACCAAUUAUAUAGUUUAUCCAGCGAGUCAAAACAAUGGUAAUAUUUUAGUGAUGGAUGUAUUAACAUUAGAGACAGUAAAUUUAAUUCAAGCGCAUAAGAGUCAAAUUUCAGCAUUAGCAUUAAGUCAGGAUGGUACAUUAUUGGCAACAGCAAGUGAUAAAGGUACGGUUAUUCGUGUAUUUGCCUUACCUUAUGCCAAUAAAUCAUUAUCAUUUAGACGUGGUUCAAUACCUGCAAUCAUUCAUAGUAUGACAUUUAGUUUGGAUGGUAGAUAUUUGUGCGUUUCGAGUGAUACUGGUACAAUUCAUAUAUUUAAAAUUGAUUUCAGUUCUUCAAAUUCUUCAUCUUUUCAUCAAGCACAACCAUCCUCAUCACCGAGUGGAGGUAUGAUGGGUUUAAAUUUUGGUGGAUUAACUUCAAAAAUGAGUUCUUAUUUACCAGAAGUAAUUAGUCAAGUUUGGGAACCAUCAAGAGAUUUUGCACACAUUAAAAUUCCACCCGGUAUUCCAAGUAUUUGUGCUCUAAUGCAAAAUAAUAAAACUGCCAUGGUUUUAACAGCUGAUAGUCUUUAUAUGCAAUACAAUUUCGAUGAAUCUGUUGGAGGUGAAUUAAAAUUAGCGAAAGAAUUUUCUUUAUUAAUGGAACCUGAUCUUGACAAUGAUGUUACAGCAAAAAUAUUAUAA